CUUGUAUGCGACACGCCAUCAGACCAUGGACCAGCGGCAAGCGCUGCCUUUGCUCGUGUGUAGAUCACCGGCCCGCAAAUCUCCAUGUUUUACCAUCCCUUGGACACACGGUUGUGGAGCACUGUUGCUUGGAUGACUAUUGGUGUGAACCGGGAGCGACGAGCCGUGGACUCUCGUGACUUCAAAACCGUGCCAUGAUCUUUCUUUAAGCCUCAAAACAAGUCCGAGAUCGAGUCUGCCUCGACACAGUCCUGUCAUUACAGACCAAUUCGAACCUUCAACAUGUCGAUAGACGACCAACCCAUCUCUGUUGUUAUCAUUGGAGCUGGCAUAGGAGGACUGGCUUUGGCUAUCGGAUUGCUCAAGCAAAAUGUGAAAUUUACCGUCUACGAGGCCGCGCCCAAGUUCGAUGCUGUGGGCGCAGGAAUCGGUCUCGGUCCGAACGCACUGCGCGCCAUGGAACUUAUGGAUCCUACCUUCGCCAGCAAAUACAACAAGGUCAAAGUUGGCAAUACAACCCCGGAGCGGAAGAACGAGCAGUUUGAGAUCCUUGGGACGCAGGAAGGGUUUGGUAUCACCGAUGAGUGGACCGGAGGUUCUGUCUCCCAUCCAAAGUUCGAAAGGAGCAGCGCUCACAGAAAAGCGCUUCUGGCCAUCAUGGAGAGCUUGAUCCCAGAUGGCACUGUCAAAUUCAACAAGCGCGUACGAGAUAUCAAGCAAGAUCACUUACAAGAUAAGGUCCGCAUCGACUUCGAGGACAACACUUUUGUCGAGGCCGAUGUAGUCAUCGGCUGUGACGGUAUUAAGGGAUUGUCGAGAAAAGCUGUUCUGGAAUCGCGGUGGCCAGAGGAGGUUGCAGCAAAGUAUGUUCACACCUACGUCUACCGCGGCAUCGCACCGAUGGAAGAGGCGAAGAAGCGCGUGGGUGUUUUUGGCCAGGACGCCAAGUGGUGGAUGGGUCCACGCAAAGGAUGGACGAUGUAUCCCAUUUCCGGCGGCACCGAGGUCAACAUAGUUUGCUUUAUGUACGACGAGAAUGCAUGGGAGGGCGCCCAGGUUACCAGAGAAGUGACAAGAGAAGAAAUGGAGGCUGAGUUCGAGAACUUUGACGGCAGACUAAAGUCCAUGCUUGAAUUUGUGAAGCCGAUAAAGUGGCCGCUUUUCCACCACCCAGACACUCCAACCUACUAUAACGGACACAUUUGUUUGCUCGGCGAUUCUGCACACGCAUCGAGUCCAAGCCAAGCCGCCGGCGCUGGCCAGGGUCUCGAGGACGCUUUGAUUCUGUCUAGGCUCUUAGGACUCGUCCGUUCGAAAGAUCAGAUUUCUAUCGCACUCGAGAUAUAUGAUUCGAUUCGACGACCGCGUGCACAAGGCGUUGUUCGAGAGAGCGCUCAAGUCGGUCGCGCAUACUAUUUAAUUGACCCGAAGUUUGGAGACGAUUUGGUAAAGAUCACUGAAGAUGCAAACCGUAGAUUACCAUUGAUAUGGUGGCAUGAUCUCGAUGGUGACGUGAAGCGCGCAGAGGACACCUUCCGAGAAAAAGUCUCGGAGUCGAAGAAGAGCCAGAUUGUAGCAGUGUCGGUGAUUGAGACACCAUCAGUCGAACCUCCACUGGCUGCCCAUACCAUUGCAGUUUAAGACAUGUGUGCAUAUUGAUAGACAUAGGAUGGCGCUGCUGGGAGAAUUGCAAGCGAUACGCUGUCAUUGAUGUAAGUAUCGAAUUCGAGUCCGCUAAAACAAUCCACGCAGACACUUUUUUUUGUAUCUAAGGGAAGACGGGAAGUGCCUCAUGGCUAUGGCCUCUUUAAUCUACAGAGAUGGCCACAAAGUUGUCGUGAUUGACCGUUGUUCAUGUCGCCUGAUCCUGUGGUCCUGUGGCGGCGAAAAUCAAAGCGAGGUUGACAAUAAAACUCGACGACUAGCUUUUCUGGUGAAGCCAUUCUAAAACACUACCAUUGUCACCUUCAUUCCCGUGCUGUGCAAUACCAGUGAGAAACUCGAGCUCCGCCUCUGGAUGGCAACGAAACAAGAGCAUUGGACGAGGCAGAGGCACGUGGGUGUUCGGCGAAAAGCACGGCGUUGAAGGACGACAUAGAGUUUUGUCCACUGACAGAGCUGGUAUUCUGAGUUUUUGGGCCUAAAGGGAGAGCGCGAGCUUUGUGUGACAUUUAAGUCGACC